UGACCUGGUCAGCGGCAUGGUUGCUUUCUGGCUGAGACGGACAGUCGCUUUGUUACUCUCUCUCUCUCUCGGAGCUGAUGGUAAAGCUGCUGCAGGGAUCGGCUGCUGCCCCUCUUUAAAGCCACUGCUGUGCCCCCCCUGGCCCUUGGCCCCAACACAUGGACUGCACGAGCUGCUCAUCACUCACAGCCUGAGGAGCAGCAGCGGGUGGAGAAGCUUCAGCAGCAGAAUGAGGAUCCAGGCGCUCAUCCUGUUCAUCUCAGCCAUGACUGCCCAGCAGGCAACGUCAGGAGCCCCCAGCACAGACGCGGCGCUGUCCGAGCACCUCAGCUCCCCAGGCGACUUUGCGCCCUCCAGACUCAGAGGACGUCCCACAGUGGAGCAGCGGGAUGCCGAUGAGCCAGAGGAGGCCAGCCUGUGCUUCUUUCUGAGGGAGAAGGACGUGGAGAGCCAGGUGUCCUGCAAGCAUCGACUGAACCUGCGCAGCAAAUUCAACUACAACCCGUUCGGGCUGCGCUUUGGGAAGCGCGGAGGACGCUCGAAGCCGCCCGCCGACAGGUGGAGGAGAGGGAGGCUGCUGCCUGUCCUGCUUUCAGUCAGACAGCUGGAGGAGGCUUCAUGAACGCUUCAUUCAUCCAAGCGAGAAAAGCCUUUUUUCCGGCAAAGGGACUGAUGCGCUGGGUCGUUCUACCUGUGAGGUGGCGGUACGAGUGUUGCUGUAUCUCAACUGUAAUGCCUGGUCUGUUUUAUGUGACAUCAGUAAAGUUACACCACUGACAUCACUACUAAAAUCUGAGCUUUUCUAAAAUACAGUCCACUGCCGCUUCAGUGACUUUAGCUCUGUUUAGUUACUGUAUGUUAUUCGUGCUAUUUUACUAGGAUUUUAAAAUUCACCUAAUGUUUUGAGAGUAACACCACUGACAAUUUCUGAAAUCUGAGCUUUUCUUAAAUAUACCCAACUGCCACUUCAGUCUCAGUCACACCGAAUGUACAAAAUACAAAUGUUGCAUUAAUGUCAUUUUAUUUAAGUUUUAAAAUCACAUUUCAAGAGUAACACCACUGACCGUUUCUAAAAUAUGAGCUUUUCUAAAAUCUAAUGCGCCUCCACUAUGUACAAGUUCUGUAUAUGUAAAUUCACAUCUGUACAAAUAUUGCAUUCAUGCUGGUACUUCAUUUCAAUUUUACAAUUAAGGAUUAAAUUGAGUUUAGAGUAACACCACUGACUAAAUCUCACCUUUUCUAAAAUUUAGGGAACUGCUGCUGUGGGUUUUAAUGUCACAUUGUAUACAUACGUAUAUAUUUCAUACAUAUUUAAUGAGUUAAAGACAUCAGAGCUUUUUGAAACUGUAGUCAACUGCCAAAUAUUGCAUUCAUGACAUUUCAUUUAAUUAUUAACAUCACUUAAUGUUCCAAGAGCAUUAUAUUAUUUCAAUUUUAAAAUAACUUCAUUUCCGUUUUAAAAUCACACGGUUCUAGAGUCACACCACUGACAACAUUUUGGAAAAUCUGAGCUUUUCUAAAUUAUAGUUAACUGCCGCUUAUGUACAAGUAUUUUAUAAAUAUGCAAAUGCAACUGUGCAAGUAUUGUAUUCAUUUUUGGUAUUUUAUUUCAAUUUUAUAAUCACUUCAUGUUUCAAAGGUAACACCACUGACCAAAUAAAAUCUGAUCUUUUCUAAAACAGCCCACUUGCCAGUGUAGUUUCAAGGUCACAUUGUAUAUAAAAACAUUCAAACGUUGUUUUCAUGUCAUUUCCUCUCAGUUUUAAAAUCACUUCAUGUUUCACGA